AUGAUCUCGCCGGCGGACGUGACAUACGUCACUGCAUUUGCCCGUCAACAAGAUGAUGUCUACGGCCAAGCAGUGUUUAAAGAAUUCCUUCCGGGAAAUGUGGAGCGCAUCCUUUUGAAUGCCAGAGACAAGAGCAUCCCAGACGGCUCCGCAAGCGACUUCAUCGCCGCCUUGAGCUAUCAGAGCAUCCUUGCUGCUAGAUUCAAGCUGUUCUUCAUUUCUUUCUUGGCGGCUUCGUUCCAGGGGGAUGCUGCAACUUGCUUUUUGCUUGCCAACAAGCUGAACGAGCAAAUGCACAGUUAUCUAGUAAAGCUCCGCCUUCAAGAUUUGGUGAACAAAAGAGAUGUUGAUCUGCAGAAAUGCGACGAAUGGCGGCAACACUUGCUGGGGUCUGUCCAAGGGCAAGCAUCCGAUUCCCCCCUAGUCUUUCCGGAGAAAGCCGCCGAGGCAGUUUACAAGCUGAGCACGGAAGACUGUGGGCAGUUCGGAGAUUCGCUGCUUGAAGACCUUGGUGUUUCGAAGAUUGUGCACACCGAGCGUGUGCUCCAACUUCUGUGGUUUUGGUCAGAGGCCGAGAUCCAGACCAUGCAUCAGAAGUUCAAGUUCUCUCCGCACGACCUUCGGAACAUGCGUCUUGCAAAAUCAAAAGCUCACAUUGCGCUGCGGGCCCAAACUAUACACAGAGAUCUUGCUAAGCUUCCCAGGGUUGAUGGCAUACAGCAUUUCGAGGCUUUCUCGAAUGCUGAUUUGAUUUGCUCCAAAUAUUUGAGGAAUCUUGCUGUCAUGUGGAUGCCUGGUGAUCACGUCAGCAAUCAGCAAUGGUGUCUGGAUCCUGCAGUAUCAUGUCAAGGAGAACGUCUAUCGUUUCGUGAAUGA